AGGAAUUGGACACCAUUAGCAAAGUGAUGAAACAGCUUGGAAAAGCCCACUGCCAGGAGAGGGAAAGGAUCACUGCAGAGCUGAAUGUAGUCUAUGAUGCUGAGCAGAAAAACAAGUACAAAAAACAAAUCCAAUUGAUCUGCAUUCGACAGAGGAAACUUGGUCAGUGUUUCAGGUUACACGCACAGAUAUCAAUGAAAUGGAGAAAAACCAAAAGAAAUCUUCCAAAACCAACAGCCGUUCAAUCCAUUCAGAAGAGGUCAUUGCCAAGGAGUGUUCCUAUCACUUGCGCCAAAGAAAAUGAGUUAGAAACAGUCAGGAAGAAAGUGAAGGAAAUCCCACUGGAUGUGAGCAAAGGGAAUAAGGAAAAAUCUAAGGAACCUGUAGUCAUCUAUUUACAACCCAAUUCAAGACAGCCACAAGAGGAAGUGAUGUCAGGUAAAUUGCAUGAUAUGGCACAUACUAAACCAUCAGACUUACUGAUAUCUUGUCAUCACACUGGUACUCAAGCAGUCACCAUACUUGAAGAAAGCUACACUUCUUCACCCUCAAUAAGAGCUACCCCUGGUAGCAAGCCAGUUUUUCCAAGCCACAUGGAUUCUCAUAAGUUAUCUUCUAAUUCUGCCAUAGCCCCUUUGGGUAGAGCACCAGUUGCUGACUCUGCCCCAAUGGGAAUGCUGCAGACAAGUACAUCAUCUAGUGUAAGUUCUGAAAUAGUUUUUAGUGAGACACCUCUAGGGAUAGGGGCACCAUGCAAUGGGUUUUUCACAACUGGAACCAGCAGUGCACCUGAUUCAAGUAGUCAUGGUUCCAAAUACCUGUCAACUGAACAAGGAAAGGCAGUACUGGCAAGGACACAGAAUUCCCAUGCCAUCCCAACACCUGUGACACCAGUUACAGGCAAAGUUAACUUGACCACUUCGUUUCCCCCAACUGCACAGCUGCCUUCAUCAGUGCCUACAGUGUCUGGUGGGAAACCCUUAGUUUUGCAGCCUGAGUCAAGACUAAGCCUAAGUGACAAGCAAACUAUGACUGCAGGCACAGGGCAACCGACCACUGUGACAGUGUCUGCUGUCCAACAACAAAUCACUUCAGUGGCCUGUAGUACAGCUUCCACAUCAGGAUAUAUUCUACCACCAAUGGCUUCAAAAUCAUCUGCCUCUUAUCUUUUAUCAGCUGAGAUUCUGAAUCCUCAUAAGAAGAAGGAGCUUAGUCAAUACCAAUUAACAAAUACAACAGUAACAGGGACUACAAAAACUGCAGCAACUGUGACAUUGUCUUCAUCAGUGUCUGCUGUGAAGCCAGCAGCAUUUCCAACUCUGAAGGAACUGAUAAAGAGCAAUGUCAUUACACCAGAACCAAACUCUAUGUUUAUCAUCAUGCCUAAUAAGAUGUAUGUUGCUAGCCUGCUACCCAGUGGCCAGAUUCAAGGUGCAGGAGGGGAGACAUUUAAGACCCCCACCCAGUGGUGCAGUGCUGUAUUGCCUGUGCCAGUCAGGAAGUCUACAGCCUAUCAAAGGGUCUUCUACAAGAGCAAGCCAUUGUCCAGCUACAAAAUCCCCAUACCAGAAGUUAUUCAAGACACUAGCAUUCAACCACCGCGCCAACAACCUGUGACAUUGAACACUGACUGUUCAGAAAAUGUCUCCCAAGCUCCACCAGCACUUGAAGUACCUGUUAAUACACAAGCUGCAUAUUAUCCAGGCACAAAAGAAAAUGUGGAAGAAAGACCUGGUCUUCACAAUUUGCUCAGAAAGUGCACCAUUUACCUGACUGGCACUGAGGAGCUAUUGCCCUCUGAUUCUUAUCUCCCAGCAGAUUUCUGGACUGCAGACUGUUUUCAAGAUGUUACAUUUAGCCAAGAUCUGAUAGCAGAUAUUGAUAAAUGGUAG